AUGAUUGAGAUGACACGUGGUCCUGGAGCUGACGUCUUAUUGGUUACUGUCACAAGUGCGCCAACCAAUCACAUUGGACGCAUUCUCGAAUUGUUAGGAUUUUGUUUUGAAACAUCAGCGAUAACAUUUCAAAGACAAAUCUCAAAGAUGGAAAACAAUGACUUGGUUGGAUCCACCAAUCUAGGUGAAGUCCACAAUGACAGCGCGUAUAUCUCCGCCAGUGAACCAGAAGUCCCUUUAUCUGUAUCAGAGGCGACUAAUCCUACAACCAGUCAAAGUCUUCCUGAACAGAGCAGCCAACCCCAGAGCACAGGUACACCCAUUCCGAUUCCAUCCCACAUUGAAGCGCUCGAGAAGGCCGAGGCUGAGCUAGACCGUAACGCCUUCUCCGGAACCUCAACUCUAUCUCAACAAAAGCGUCGGUUUGCCGAUGUGAAGCCACCCUACUCAUACAUCGCGCUCAUCACAAUGGCCGUGGAGAGCUCGCCAAAUGGCAUGAUGACGCUCAACGAGAUCUACGCGUUUAUCAUGAACAGAUUCCCUUAUUUCAAAGAUAACCAACAGAGAUGGCAGAACUCCAUUCGCCAUAAUCUUAGCCUCAAUGACUGUUUCGUGAAAAUCCCUCGGGCCCCGGGUCGUCCCGGAAAAGGCAACUACUGGGCGUUGCAUCCAGCCUGCACUGACAUGUUUGGAAACGGAAGUUUCCUGCGCAGAGCCAAGCGAUUCAAGCUGCAGAAAAUGGACAAAGGCGCAGUGGAUUCCGCUCAUAUUCAACACGUUAGUUCUUAUGGACACUUUAGUCUCUAUGGAGGUGGUUACAAACCAUACCCUUCCAUAAAUCCUCUCGCGCUAUCAUCAUUCACUCAAGGUCUUUCCCAGAUACAGCAAAAUCAACAGGCGUACGGCUCUAAGCCAGAACAUUGGAACCCGGCCACAACAAGCGCAGCAGGGUAUACAUCUCCAUACUAUCCCCCGACUGCUGCCGCCGCGUCGAUGGGAUCGUCUCUAGGAGGAGGCUACCUGAGUCAGACCAGCUCAGCGUUGUCAAACUACGCUUCCCUUCCCCAGACACCCGGUUAUCCCUCACCACAAUAUGGGAACAUGAAUCAGCUACGGUUACAGGCUACAACAUAAACGCUUUAAGUAUAUCUCAGAUAAUGAGAUCUCAACAAAAGCUGCAAUUCUAAAUGAAAAUGCGCCCCUCGAUUUUCUUUGUGAGAAUCGGAUAGAGAGAUCCAGUGAUGUCCCGUGCAACAUGGUUGGCAUCUGAGAAGCCCCCGGUGAUUCUAAUUCGCUUUUCAAGCAUGACCUCGGGUACUGAACGAACGACAAAGCAAGAACAUUGGCAGAUGCAAUUUGGGAAAUGUGCUAAAUAUGGCAGGGACAUUAUAGCAAAUAUGAUUCCGUCCAAAUGUUCGGUGAUAAGUCAGAUGUAAAUUGAAAUAACUUUUUUCCAAAUCGGAAAAGUAUUUGUUACCAUAUUAGAAUUGAAAAAAUAGUGACGUUUUCGAGAUAUUCAUUGUACAUAUUGUACUGACAAUUUGACUCACGGGUAAAUUAUAAUAUAAAUCAUAAAUAUUUCUUGCCGUUAUGGAAGAUUUUAACUUGAGAGUUACACUAGCUAGUCAGGCAAGUAUUUUUAAAAAGGUCCAAAUUCCGCAUUUCAAUUUCAAAUUGCAAAAUGUAUUGAGUUAAAUAUAAAUGUGUGGUCAUCUAAGUCAAAUCUGUAAUAUUUGUGUAAUAUGAGUUGAUGAGUUUCAUGUCAAAAGUUAAAUGCAAUAAGAUUAUCUUUGUAAAUAAUGAUGUAAAUAUUGUUUAAUGAAAGUAUAUAAUUUUAAAAUAACACAAGUGACAUGACAUAUUGUAAAUUUAUAUUUAUUUAAUGAAUAAA